AUGGCCAUUCACCCCCUACUUAUUUAUGCAUGUUCUGUUUGGGGAGGAGCUGCUCCUUCGUCGGUCGUGAUAUUUGUUUUUUCUCGAGGAAUGAUUAUUCGUAAUGAUAAGAUGUCUAGAGUGAAUAUGACAGGAAGAUGGCCGAAGGUUAGUUCAGGUAUUGUAAGUGGGGAACUGAUGGUGAUUGUGGUCGAUUGGAUAGUUAAGUCGAAGAAGUCAUGUGGGCAGUCUCGUUCAAAGUGGUUCGUUUCCUUGAAUAAAAUGGAACACAACUUCGAUAUCAAGGAAAUGUUCGAGGAAGGGGCUAAGGAGUUCGAUGUUCUUAUGUCUCAGCUCUCUGAUGAAAGUUCAGACGAUGAAUUACCAUGCCCCUCUUCAGAAGUAAAGAAAACGAAGAAUGUAGACAAAGUGAUACGUUCGGUCGAUGUGUUCUCUAAUAAAGUAGAGGGCCGCAGAGGAGAGGAAAUAUCCUUUGAUGAUACAUAUGUUGAUUUGCUUGCUAAGAAGGAACUAAAACCCACGAAGAGUAAAAAGACCGAAGAGAUUGUUAAUUGUGCAAUGAAGAAAAGUGCUAUUGGUCCAGAUUUUGAAACAUUGGAAUCUGUCCCACCUUUUGCAAUAACUAGAAGGAGAAUGCUUCAAGAAAAGCGGAAAAAACGAGAGAGUACAAAGGGAGAAAACUGGUUCAACAUGCCUGCUGCUGAAAUUACUGAUGAAAAGAAGCAUGAUUUGGAAGUCCUUAAAAUGAGAUCAGUUUUAGAUCCUAAACAGUUUUACAAGAAAAAUGUUUUGAACAAAACCCCAAAAUAUUUUCAAGUGGGAACUGUUGUAGAAUCUCCUGCUGACUUUUACAGCAGUCGAAUUCCCAAGAAACAGAGGAAGAAGACUAUGGUUGAUGAAUUGUUGGCAGAUGCAGAAUUUCAAAGAUACAACAAGCGACGAUACAUUGAAAUUAUUGAACAACGUAGGAAGACAGAUUUUAAGGCUCAUCGUCUUGCAAGUCGUCUUAAACGCAAAAGAAAUACAAAAAAACAAAAAUCAAAACAGAAGUCCUGAGUUAUUCUAUGCAAUUUUGUAAAAUAUCAAAUUGAAUAAAUUAUAUUGAAAACUUCACUUUUAUACAUUAGUUGUUUUCAUGGGUUGUGUAUAUAUGUAUAAAUUAUAUUAAUAUUUAUAUGAUUAUAUAAUCACAUGAAGCUCAGAACCAGUGGCACCUUUUUCAGAAACAGAGAAUAAUUCUGGAAGUGUGUUCAAGGGGCUUAUUUGAUUAAAAAAUAAACUGAUACACAUUGUAUCUUUUAAUUUCCAACUUGUUGAUUGCACAAAUGAUCAAUGGGUUUUAACAUUGUAGAUUUCUGAUGAAAACAGGUUUCAACCAAAUGUCCAUCUUACUGCAAUUGCAUAUACGUCCAUAUUUCAAGAUCUGUUUUGAUGAAACAUUUAAUUAAUAAAAGAUUUUAUCUUCAUAAUUGUAGUUGUAGGAAGACUACAAAAAUAUUUUGAAUUUUUGCAACUUGAGAAAAAUCAGAUUACAAGGAAAAUGAGACCUGCACC